GACUGUCAGUCGCCAUCUUGUUCGCUGGGGUUUUUCCUGAAAGUGUUUUUUUCUAUUGGAUUUCGGGAGUCUUUUCACCCCGAAAUUAUCCGUAUUUUCUACAAUUUUAUCGUGAAUCUUGUACCCUAAGUCAUGAGGAGGAGAAUGUCCUAUGAUGACGACGAUGAUUUGGAAUCUCUCAGACUAGCUGCUCUUCAAACCCUCAAUCACACACGAAAGCCCAAUUCAAACCCCAUCCAGGUGGUGGAGUCUAUCGUGCCACACCACAAGCCAAUUUAUGAGGAGGAAAUCUACAGUCAAGCGAUUCCCGGAAGCCUUCCGGAAGGCUCAUUUCGCCCCGCAGAAACAUUUGGAGCGUCGGGAACGAGCAAUGGGCAGUGGAGAUCACCAGGUGAGUCAUAUGUACCGCCUUAUGUAGCCCCCGGAGCACCUACGGAUGUACAGCUGUCUCCUCGGAGUGCAGCCUUUGUGCUGCAGAACACCUCAAUUUUGAGGAGAAGAAAGGGCGAUAAGUCGCCAAGUGUUACUCCACCUCCUUAUAAAUCCCCUGAGUACCCCUUCCGGGCACAUUCGAGGUCGCGAACACCGUCUCCGGAGAGGAUUCCCUCCCCAGUUUAUCGCCAUCGAUCUCCCUCGCCAAAACGUUUCUAUUCGCGCUCUCCAGUGCGCAGGGAGCGCUCUGUGUCGAGAUCUCCUCCUCCUCCUGUGCACAGAAGAAGGAGCAGGUCGAGAUCUCCGUUGGUGAGGCGUCAGUCGCCUAGAUUCCGGAGUAGAAAUUCCUCACCAAGGCCUGUGAGAUCUCGAAGGCAGUCACCACUUCCUAGACAGAGUCCUCCUCUGCGAAAUGUCCGGAAGCCCUCGAGAAGUCCCGUCAGGGUCACAAGGCAUCGUUCCCAAUCCCCGCCAAAACGUACCAAAUCCCCUCUGGUCAGAAAACCCGCCAGAAGGCCCAGGGAACCGCCGAGGAGAAGAUCUCCUGACAGAAAUAUUCGCAGGAGGCAGAGAAAUCCUCCUCCGCGAGAGAAAGACGAAAAGCCCAGGAGACGCUCGAGGAGUCGAAGUCCGGUUCCGGAGAAGAAAGUCGAAGAGGAGAAACGUAGGGGAAGUCCUGAGAAGAAGCCUGAGGAGAAAACUCAAGAAAAGUCUCAGGAAAAACCUCAAGAAAAGCCUCAGGAAGAAGCUCAACAGUCAAGUAGUGAGGAAGAAUUGCCAGAAUCCAAGGAGGAGCCGGAGAAAAAGGAAGAUCCGGAAAGUGAUGGUGAAAAUGGUGGUUAUGAAAUUGAUCUUUUUGCCUCGGAUGAGUCAGAGUCGGAAAAUGAGGGACGUUUUAAGUCCAGCAGCAAAAGUGAGCGUCCUGCUCAAAAUACAGUGUCAUUUACGAAGCUCGUGGCUGAACCUGUGGCCACAUUGACUGAGCUCAAGGAUCUCCCGAGUCUGUCAAAUGUCGGAGGGAAUCGCGAGAGGAGACCAGAGAGAAGCUCCAGAGAUUACGGAAGGAAUCGUCGGAAAAGGGACAGAGAUCGCAGGAAUAACCAGCGAUACCGGGGAGAAAAAUCAGGGAAGGAUGACAAGGAGGCAAGAUCGAAGAAUACCAAGGAAUCAAACAUGAAGAUGUUCAAAUCAACCUUUCAGGCUGUUGUUGUCAAUGACUCCAAGAAGGCUAAUGACGCAGCGGACGGACUCGGUGAAAAGGGAGUCCGGGAGGGAGACAAAAGGAAGAUCAUUCAGAUCAAGAGGCCGAUAUCAUUCAAGGAGACAAAAGAUAAAUCCGAAACAAAUUCAGCGUCGAACAAUCAACCGUCUGCGGGAGGAAUUGGUGAAGGGAAGGUGAAGAAGUCCAUCCACUUGCGCCUUGGCGGAUAUGCAACACCAAAUGGCGAACCCUCGUCCUCAUCCCUGGCCAGCGUUCUGGCAUCCACCUCCAAAGGGCCCAAGAGUGGCAACCUGGCGAGUCUCAAGAAGUCCUGGAAGACGUCUGAGAAGGUAUCAAUGAAAUAUUGCCUAAUGAUUCUUUCUAGUGAUUUUUUUUUUCAAAGACCCAAACACACAACAAUCGCCGAGGAUUUUCUCCUCUUUUUUUUGUGGUUUUCUUCCUUCCUUUUGUGUCUCCCUUUUUCUCUUUUUUUUAAUUUUCCAACUUUUGAUAUUUUUGAGAAAAUCUCUCUUUGAGUUUGUGCUGAAAACAGUUCCUAUCUAGUCAAAUGUGUGUUUCUUUUAUUAUUAUUUUUUUUGCUCAUUAAAAUAAGAGAUUGUAAGUUGUUUUUGGUAGAAUAAUGAUUAAAAUAGAAGGAGAGCAAAGUGUGAUCUUUUCAUGAUAAUCUUUAGGGGUAUAAAUCAUGUAAAACAAGCACUUAAAAAAAAACAGGUAAAGAAAAUAAACAUAAUAUUGUGAUAGAUCAAUUGAUAGACUGAAGAAGACUGUAGAUAGAAAUGAAGUUUUUUUUUCUUUCUUAGGGAAAUUAAUUGUAAAUAUUUAAAAAAAAAGAAGUCAAAAGACAAUUAUUGUAUAAAUUGUGUAUUUUUUUUAACACUAGAAAUAUUGUUAAAAUACUUUCACAAAUGCAAUACAAGAAAAAAUUCAGAAUACAAGACCAAAGAUAAAAUGUAUUUGUUAAGUAGAUUUUGUAAAUGUAAUAACUUUAGUAAUGUAAGUUGUAACACAAAAUGUAGCUGAUAAGUGAUGAUGAGGCACAAAAAAAAAGAAAAGCGAGAAAGAUCGCGACAAAAGUCGAAGUAAAGGGCCGGAGGAAAUUGAUUUUUAUUCUUCUUGGAUCAUCUAUUAGGUAUAGAGAAAGACCAAAAACAAAUCACAAUCGUCAUUUGAUGGAAUCUGGGAACUUUCUCUGAAAACAAAAAACAAACAAACAUCUCUUGGACAAUCAUCAUCUCAACCCUGCUGUCCUUCAACGUCAGCAACCCGGAAAAUGUCUCCAAGUUACCUCCAAUGGGAAGUGCCCAGCAGCCACUGGAAUGCGAGUUUGCCAAAGGAACUUCCCCAUGCUUGACCACAACUUUCUGCAAAGUGAUCCUCCGGCUCGAGAGACAGCGCAUGCUAAGUUCUCCAUCAGGCCAAGAUUUCUCCUCAUCCUACACAGAAGAAAAUCCACUGGAUUGUGGAUUGCCCGCCAUUUCUUCAAACAUCACAAAAAAAUCAAUGUUUUCUUUCUCUGUUAGUAAAACACUAUAUUUUGUAUAUAUUGUGGUAAUUGAAAAAAAAAACAAAAAAAAAAGAUUGUACUAUUAAAAAAAUAUCAAAAUAGUAAAAAUUGUGCAUCAAUAAAUAAGAGAAAAUAAAAAAA